AUGGCCAUGGUUGACUUCUGCCCGCCAAAGGCCAUGCAGGUGCCCAGCAUUGUGCCUGGUGACUUUCACUGCGCUGCCUGCUGUGAGGCGUUUGAAACAGCUACGGACCUGCGGGCGCACUGCAAGUCCGAGCGACAUGUGUACAACAUGAAGCGAAAGCUGUCCAGCUUGAAGCCAAUUUCUCAAGAAGCCUGGGAGCGAAAGCUUCGGGAACGAGAGGUCGGCGAGAGCACCAAAGGAACGGCGCACCUGAAAGCGGGAAAGGCGCACCGCAAGCCCGCUGAAGCGUCGACAGGGGGAGGCUAUCCAGCCCAGUCUGCGAGCGCAGUCGCCAAAGAUGAAGAGGAGGUGCCCGCAGCAUUCUCCCCACGCCAGUGUCUGUUCGAUCGCCAGCACUUCACGACAGUGGAGAAAAACUUGGCGCACAUGUGGAAGACCUACAGCUUCUUCAUCCCUGACAGGGAGUAUUGCACCGAUGUGGAGGGCCUGUUGGCGCACUUGUGGUCCAAGUGCACCGACGAGUAUGUCUGCCUCUUCUGCAACCGCAGAUUUCCAGAUGCUGCCAGCACCCGCCGGCAUAUGCUGGACAAGGCACAUGCACGGAUUGGCACCGAAGCGCGAACCCGGCGGGGGAACCUUGACGAGCUUGGCUCGCAGGAGUUGGAAGCAGAACUUGAGCGGUUCUAUGACUUCACCGGCUCCACACGCGAGAUCACAGAGCGCAUCACGGAUCCAGAGCAUCGAGCGGCGUCUGUCUUCCGCUAUUUCGACGAAGAUCGAGAUGGCUACCUGAAUCACGAGGAAGUGUCCGAGCUGUGGAAGGCGACUUCCACAGACGGCAGCGAAGUCUCAACUUCAAUGUUCAAGGCCGCCUGCCAGCAGGUGGAUGCAGACCCCAGGCGAGGCCUCAGCGUGGAGGCCUUGGGUCAACUGUAUGCUGAAGGCUUUGCAGACCUGGAGCGGCACUUCGCUGUUUUAGAGGAGCUGCUUGCGAAGAAGCUUGCCUCCAGGAAGGCUGUCCUCCAAGCGAAGAGGAUCAAGCAGGAGACCUCCAAGGAUGACGCCAAUGAGGACGAGGAUGAUGAGAUCGAGGACUCUGAGGAGGAGGAUGGAGAGGAUGACGACAGCUCUGGAACUGAAAUCGUCGAGUGCGACGACGAGGCAGAAUUUGAGGAGGUCAUGCGAAUCCUUGGCUUGCAGCAAGCCACUGUGCUCGACAACGGCGACUUGAGGUUGCCCAACGGCAUGGUAGCAGCCAACAGGGACGUCGCUCAUAUCUGGCGACAAAGAGGAACCCGCAACGGCCAGCUUGUUGCAGCCAAUGGAGGCCACGUGGGUGGCAAGAGCGUCAGGGCCCAUCUCAUGCUUGCAAACGAUGCCGCCGGCAAGGUUGAAAUGACGCGAAGGCAGCAGCAGCGGGAAGGCAAGCGCGUCAUUGCCGUCUUGCGAGAGAAACAGAAGCAAGAAAUGAGACUUGGUAUGCAGAUGAACACUGCGUUGAAGGGAAAGCCGAAGAAGUUCCGGACACUGAUGGGCGAUGCCUCUGGUGCCCGGUAA